CCAACAGCCGAGGACGAAGAAGAAGUCGUUCACCCAGAAUGCAACGCGCUCUCGGCGUCAGUCCACUGCUAAGAUGGCGGAUCGGCGGCGCAGAAGGAGACGCGCGUCCCAAGACAGCGACGAUGAAGACGGCUCCGGUUCGGGUUCGGGUUCGGGUUCAGGUUCGGGUUCGGACAGCCAGGUGACUGGCUCCCAGACUACCAAGGCCCGCGUGAAGGACCCUGAACCGGCGGAGAGCGUUUCGACCCGCAUCGAAGUGAAGAAGGAAGUGGCGUCCGAGUGUGAGAGUGAAGAUGGAGUAGGAGAAGCUGUCCUCUCAGACUACGACAGUGCAGAUCCAGAAGAAGUGGCCUCCCACUCAGAGGGAGCGGAAGAAGAGGAUGAGGCGGGUCGCUACAGCGAUGAAGAAGCUCCAGCAGCCACCGACAAACCCCAACUUCCCACUCCUGCUGAAGCGGCAGUAGGCGAGAAGGAUGAGGAAGAGCAGAGUAAAGACAAAGUGUUGGAGGACAAGGACAACUCUGCAGGAGAGCGACAGAGUGGUGAUGGUCAGGAGUCCACUAGUGACCCCGAGACAAAAGCGGGAGGGAAAUCUGGCCAGCAGCUUGAUGACGACGAAGACCGCAAAAACCCGGCUUACAUCCCUCGGAAGGGUCUGUUCUUUGAGCAUGAUGUCAGAGGCCAGAGCCAGGAGGAGGAGAGGCCCAAAGGCAGGAACCGCAAGCUCUGGAAGGACGAAGGGUGCUGGGAGCAUGACCGCUUCAGGGAGGAUGAGCAAGCGCCUAAGAGUCGCGAGGAGCUCAUCGCCAUCUACGGUUACGAUAUCCGCAACGGCUGCCAUUCUGGAGAGCGUGCGUUCAGACAGCGGCGACCUCGGUCCUCCGUGUCCCCCAGCAGGGACAAGCGAUGGCGGGAGGGGGGAGAGCGCCCUGUUCGCUCCUGGCAGAGCAGCCGAGGAGGCGCUGCUCCCCCGCACAGCAGCAAUGUCUCCCGCAGCAGAGCCCUGCAUCAUGCCUCCGGUCAGUCACCUCAGAGUCAUCCCAGGGACCGAGCGGGUCCCAAACCCCCGUCGGAGCUUGCAGCAGAAAGGGGAGUGGGCUGCAAUGGAGGGCGUGGGAGGGGCGCUGCCUCCACGGUUGGGGACCACCUCCCAGGCAGCAGAGUUGAAGAGAAGCGGACCUUAAGCAGCGUAACGUUCUCCUCGUCACAGAGACGAGCGCUGGAACACCAAGAAGGGGCUGACAGAAGUGCGCUUGGAUCGUCCUCCGCCGCCGACGCCAAGACACCGGCUGCCGCAUCGCCUCCAACCGAACGACCUGUCGAGCGGAAGUCGUACUCGCUGGCUCGCAGGACUCGAUGCCGGCCGGCCGAUCUGGGCAGCAAGCAGCCAUCUGUGGAGGAGGCAGUGACCCGGGCUGGCGAGGGCGUUGGAAAGAACCAGGUGGGGGCGGGAAGCGCCGAAGAUCUGGACCAAGACGUGGCUCGACUCAGUCUGGUGUCGGGCCACAACUGGAACCACAACCCCACCACGUCGUACGUGCGCUCUGACAUUAGAGGCAUGCACGUCCCCGGGGGGCCGCCUCAGUUCUCCGCUUUGGACGAGAUUGCAGCUGGCUCAAACCGCGCCAAACGCUACUCCUCACAACGCCAACGAGGCGUCGCCGAGCCGGCGCCCGUGCAUAUGGGCGUGAUGGAGGGACACUACUAUGAACCCAUGUCGUAUCAAGGACCAAUUUAUACCCAUGGCGAUGGCGCCGCACCCAUCCCACCCCAAGGCAUGCUGGUCCAGCCAGAGAUGCACAUCCCCCACCCUGGUCUCCAUCCCCACCAAUCAGGAGGCCCAAUGACUAACCCCACCCUCUACGGAGGCCCACCUGUAUCUCUGUCGCCAGGGCAACCGCAGCAACUUCUUCCACCACCUUUCUACCCUCCACCAGGGGUGAUGACUUUCCCUUACCCUGCCAUGUACCCUACCCCUCAGGGCCAGUCCCAGGUGACCUAUGGGGGCGUGACCUAUUAUGACACGGUGCAGCAGCAGGCCCAGCCCAAACCUUCGCCCCCCCGCCGCACAUCCCAGCCUGUCACUGUCAAGCCCCCCCCUCCAGAAGUGCCAUUUGCCUCAGAGUGACCCCGCCCCCCCCUCACCUCCGACCACAGGUGAGUCUUCAGAAUGUUUGUUGUGCCGAGGUCUUAGAAGCGGCGGGAGCAUCGUUCAGACUUUGUCAGCCAUGUUGGCGUGGAGCAGCAUUCCAAGACUGUCUACUUGUGUUUCCAUGUCGGCUUGUAUUUUCUUCAAAGUCCUCCCUAAUAAAGACGGCUUUUCAAGUUGA